AAACCGAGAACAGCUUAUACAGAAUUUGAGAAAAGCUUUCACCAAAAGCAUGCAAUGACUUCCUAGAAUUUUUCGAGGUAAUAGAACCAGUGGCCAUCAAGGAAAUAUUUGAGCUGAUCUCGGCAAUGAAUGGAAAAUGCAAAACGUCAAUGCAAAAGAUAUGGAGAAUUUACUAGUCUCGUAGUUAGAGUUUAUUUCUUUAAAAAGCUGCAGGAGUUAGCAGAGCCAUGUUUUUAAAGUGGAACUGGAAGACUCAAGAAAGAAAGAACUUUUACAACUGAAAUCUUCCAUAUCAGCAUCACCAAGAUUACGGGAAUCAUAAAGUGGGAUGUACGUUGCAUGACUCUGACUGGAAGCGCAGUUGUAAGACAAAGAAAAGUGUUCUGGACGUGGUAUGCUGUCGCUGUGAAUUGCUUUAUGAGUGAAGGUUCGUGAAAGACAGAUGAUAUUCGAUGCUUUCUUUGAAAAGAAACCAGCGUACGAGGAAGAACUACAGUUUAAACAUUCAUUUAAACAUUCAUUUAGACAUUCAGUGUAGAUAUAACAUCAUCUACUCUACUUGUCACUGGUGUUUUUUAAUCGAAUUAACGCUAUAAAAAUGCGAGUUUCCUGUAGAAUAAGCUUAUGGGCAAUUGUUUUAUUGCUGUACCUAGAAACAGUUGUAUCUCAGCUGACUGAUAAAUCUAAUAUGGAACAAUUCGACAAGUGGUCUUUCCUGCCAGAAAAUACUCCAGAUAAAAGCAAACAACACUCGAAUGAAGCUCGCUAUAUAAGAGCGACACAAAUUCUGGUACCCAGAUGGAAGAAACGAAUUGGAUUCGCUGGUUUGGAUAAUAUGGAUGUCAUGACCUCCGUUUUAGAGCAUACUCGGCAAAAAGACACCUCCAUGGACUUAAGGAAAAUACGAAAUCAUAACCCACCUCUACAUUUGUCUCCGAUGGAUGUCCGCCGGCUGUUGGAAGCCGGCAAAUAAGGAUGAUUACUUAACAUGAUAGUGACAGAAAUACUUGGCAAAUGUUUAGAAUAUUUUCUUUUUCCUAGAGUCUCUCACUACAAAUUGGAGGAUCUGAAGCCACAUUUUUUAAAUCUUCUCUCUGUAUGAAAUUUCAUUCCAUUACAAUUUACUAUGUACUAGCGUCUGAUAGUAAACAUAUCAAAGCAAAUAUAUUGAAACUUUUGCAAUUUAUCCAAGGUUUAAAAUUAAAAUGUUCAAAGCAAAUGUA